AUGUCCCUCGUCAAUGUGGGCGGGCCGAUCAGUGCGGGCAGGUACCGAGUGUGCGGCAGGAUUCGUGUUGUCCUUGCUUGUUCGAUUUUGAGGAAAACGUGGAUGUAAAACUCACUUUGUGCUCGGCGAAGGUCGCUGUUUUCUUACCACCCGAUUUGUCUUCAAAAGACAGUCUGUCAUGCCUCUUCUAAAAUACUCUCCCAAAGUCUGGGAGGCCCUGAAACUGAAGCAGGGCAUCUACGCUCGUCUCCCUAAGCACUACCUCAAGUCCCUUGAGAAGAAAGAGCCGACCCCUGUCCACUGGAGACCCCUGGGAGUCCAGUACCGUGCCAACCCAAAGACUGGGCAGAAGGAGCGGGUGCAGGAUGUCCCGAUCCCCAUCUACUACCCUCCACCGUCCCAGGACGGCCUGUGGGGUGGAGAAGGCUGGAUAAGAGGUUACAGAUAUGCCAACAAUGACAAAAUGUCAACUCGUCUGAGGAAGACCUGGAAACCACAGCUGUUCAAAAGAGAGCUUUACAGCGAAAUCCUCGAUCACAAGUUCACCAUCAGCGUCACAGCCCGCACUCUGGACCUCAUUGAUGCUGUCUAUGGCUUCGACUUUUACAUUCUCAAAACAUCAAAGGAAGACCUGAACUCCAAGCUGGGAAUGGACCUGAAGAGGGCCAUGUUGCUUCGCCUGGCACGCAAAAACACAGAGCUUUACCCCAACGACCCUGUCAAGAGAGAGAAGGUCUACAACAAGUACAAGCAGUUUGAGAUCCCAGAGGAGGAGGCAGAGUGGCUGGGUCUGAGUCUGGAGGAGGCUGUGGAGAAACAGCGGCAGCUGGAGCACAAGGAGCCUGAGCCUCUGUUCAAGGCCUGUGUGGACAAGCUGGUGGAGGAGCUGCGCAUCCAUAAACUCUCAGAGCCGCAUAUCACGGAGAAGAAAUGACGACCACAACCGUCUGACAGAUGCAGCUUUUCAGACUGAAAAAUUACGUAGGUUGAACUGUCAAGUUUCUCCAGAUGGUGGUUGGAUUUUGAGUCACCAAGUUUCUGCUUCUGAAACAUUUUCGGUACCGAGUGCACACCUGGGACAACUUGGUGCAGUUUCAACUUGUCUUUCCAUCUGGGAGCAACACAAAGGACGAGGUCAUGUUGGACUAAUGCUUAUUUAUUUCAGUUCUCUUUAUCCCCCCUUGCAUUUAAGACCCAUGCGUGAGAAAUUUAGGAAUUAAGGGGAAAGCCUCCAUUAGUGUAUAUACACCCUGACCAGCUGAGAUAUAAAGCCCUUGUAUGGGAUAUAAAAAAAAAAUUAAAAAAAAUC